AUGGAGGAGCAGUCGGAAGAGAUGGAUCAAGAACAGGACAAUUUCGAAGUCCUCACCGAAAGUGACAGUGAUCCCAAUGAAUUGGAUUAUGAUGCCGACUGGGACGAAUCCGGAUACUCGUAUCUGCCAGAAUUGCAACCUGCUCAUAAUUUGAUUGGCGACAACUGGAACUCAUUUGCACGGCACAUUCUAAACAAUUGCGAUCCGAAUUCAGAGUUCCAUAAAAAAUACAAAUUUACAUCGCAUCAACCACUUGGUACCGGUAAGUCGUCGACGUGCAUGAAGUGCUACAAUUCAUCUGACGACAAUUACUAUGCGGUUAAGAUUUACAAACGUAUGGGCCAAAAUGAGAAUGAAAUUGAUUUUUUGCAAAAAGCAGCUCAUGUGUCGGGUGUAGUUCAAAUGGUUGAACUGCUUACUGAUUCAAAGUGUACAUAUCUGGUCAUGGAACUGAUUGACGGUGUGAAUUUGCUGGAAUGUUUUAGUACAACGAUUUCGUAUGCAGGAUUGUUUUGCGAAGCCAUUGAUAAAAUAUUGGAAAUUUUGGAAAACGUCCAUGAAAUUAAAUAUACACACCGCCGCAUUUGCUUCAAAAACAUAUACUUUUUGAAACAAAGCAGAGAAUUUCGCUUCAUCGGCUUCGGUAAUACCAAGCCAAUAACUGGAGCACAAGACAAACAGAUCGAUUAUUGGUCGAUGGGCGUAUGCCUUUAUACGCUAUUGUGUGGUCAUUCACCAUUUAACUCGUCAAUUAUUGAUGUUGCUGCCAAAUUAAUCGAAAAUAACAAGUUUGAUGAGAACUCUAAGCAAUGGUCAGCAUUGCACAGAGACGUUAAAGGUUAUAUCCUGCAAUUGCUUCGUAGUUCGACUUCGACUUACAGUUCGGGUGCAUUGAAGAAUGUGAAAGAUAUUUCCUUUGUAGUCCAUUGUAGUAAAGAGCUACUAGACGAAAAUAAGAACGUUGUCGAAAUUCGUGCCCGCAAAUUGGAAACUAAAACUGUUAUUGAAACUCAAAGUAAACUCUGA